GGCGAAUCAGCUUUCAGAUGGUCAACAUUUCAGUUAGUGCUCAGUGUGGUGGAAUGUCGGCUUUCUUCCGAUGACUGAAAUUUUCUACGGGCAGCUAUAACUUCACUCACUUUGGAUAUACGUUGAAAAACUGGUCAUCACUGUGUUUCCGAACGUGAUAUUUGCUAACUUCUCUACACAUUUUUAUCUGAAAUGCCGGGAAACACGGACAGCGUGGGUCAUGUGAUUUGAACUGACCAAUAGGAUGUUCGCAUUUGAACGUCCUCGUAUAAAAGCCGACCUUGUGCUGCGUAGCCAUUGCUGUUGGCAGGUUCUGUUGUUCGAGUGAGAAAUCCAGUUGGAUAAUGGAUAUUGAGACGCAUCCAGCAGUUCAAUACAACCUGCAGGCAUCCCAGAACGUCGCCAAAGGCGUAUGAUCGGUGGGAGCACCCUGGAGGAGUACGUUCGGCGGCAUCCCCUGGGAUACGGAGCGGAGGCCGCCGCCGUCUCUCGCCGUGCUCUUGGCCGCCACAGCACCAAACGAGGCAUGCAUGGAGUUGACAAGGGGCUGUACGAUGGCAGUUCAAAUUAUUCGGCUAUCCAAUUCUGACCUUUAUAGCUGACAGUGUAUCUGUAAACAUCAGAUCCGUGACGCCACUGCGAUUGCUCACGUGUCUGCCUCCCUUGUAAGGAUGAUUCAAGAGUGUCCUGAUCCAGACUUAGAACCCUCGCAUGGGAGGCACCCAAGACGAUAGUAACCGGAACGACAUGAGCACUAACGAGAGUGGCUCGAUACGGGAGGAGGAGCCGAUCCUGGAGCCGGUGAACGGGAUCGUGCAGCCUCCAUUCGUGCCACCCACCACCAAAAAGCACCGCAACACCAACCAGCUUCAGCACCUGCUCAAGGUAGUGAUGAAGGCCAUCUGGAAGCACCAGUUUGCCUGGCCCUUUCAGCAGCCAGUCGACACAGUCAAGCUCAACUUGCCCGACUACCAUAGGAUCAUUAAGCACCCGAUGGACCUGGGCACGAUAAAGAAGAGGCUGGAGAACUGCUACUACUAUGAUGCAAGCGAGUGCAUAGGGGAUUUCAACACUAUGUUCACCAACUGCUACGUCUAUAACAAGCCAGGAGAGGAUGUAGUGUUGAUGGCACAGACCCUGGAGAAGCUGUUCCUCACAAAGAUCAGUGAGAUGCCCAAAGAGGAAGUGGAUCUCCCUCUGCCACCACCAAAGUCGGGGGGUGCGAAAGGGAAAGGAAAGAAAGGGAAAGCAGGUGGUACGAGGGGAAAGGGUCCCAGUCCAGCGCGCAGCAGCAAUGCAGUGAGCCCAGCAUCUUCGUCGCACCAGGUGGCCAACUCCCACUCGCCGGUCGGAUCUCCGGAGCUCCCCACGCCUCCGCCAACGUCAACGGUCUCCUCUGCCCCUCCCCCUUCCUCUGCGGUGUCCGGCAGCACAAACAGUACGACUGCUUCCUCGCCGACGUUGAGGUCGACCACCUAUGCCCAACAGGCGGCGGCCCUGGCUGCGGCUGCGGCGGCUGCCACUCCCACCCACAGUCCCAGCAGUGGGGCACCGCCUCACGAGGUGGGAGGUAGCAACCUGGUCGUUGCGACAAACUCUUUACCUGCAACCAAUUCAGUCAUGGCUACGCCCUCAUCAAAGGUUAAAAAGGGUGUUAAACGGAAAGCAGACACGACGACUCCGCUGGGAAACGCGCCAGUGGAGUUGCCCUACCCCGCGGGUCCCGAAGCGAAGACGUCGAAGGUGUCUACGCGGAGGGAAAGCGGCCGUCCCAUAAAGAAGCCUUCGAAGGAUCUGCCCGACACGCAGCAGCAUAGCUCGAAACCCAAGAAGGGCAAGCUCACGGAGCAGAUGAAGUAUUGCAACAGUAUCCUCAAGGAGCUCUUCGCCAAAAAACAUGCCCGACGCAGCUUCACCCGGCGAGGCAAACACGCUCCAGCAAAGAAGCUGAAGGACGUUCAUGGCAAAGCUGAGAAGCACUUUGCUCAAGUUGUGGGUUGUUCUCCCCAGGGUUAUGCGUGGCCGUUCUACAAGCCUGUGGACGCAGACUUACUGGGGCUCCACGACUACCACGACAUCAUCAAGCACCCCAUGGAUCUGGGCACAGUCAAGCAAAAAAUGGACAAUCGAGAGUACAGGGCGCCGACGGAGUUUGCUGAUGAUGUGCGGUUAAUAUUCACCAACUGCUACAAGUACAACCCUCCAGACCAUGAAGUUGUGGUGAUGGCAAGAAAGCUGCAAGACGUAUUUGAAAUGCGCUACGCCAAGAUGCCCGACGAGCCGCCGCAGAGCGAUCCCACGCCGACAUCCCAGGGGGACAAGGAGGACGACUCGGACUCGUCUUCCUCGUCAAACUCUUCUACGAGCGGCACGUCGACUUCGAGCGAGUCGGAGGACAGCGACGAGGAGCGGGAGCACAAGCUGCAGCAGCUUCAGGAGCAGUUGCGGAAAGUGACGGAGCAGAUCAGUCUCCUGGCGGCGGAGAGCCGAAAAAAGGACAAAAAGAAGAAGAAAAAGAAGAAACCGAGAGGAGAGAAAGAGGAAACUAAGGACAUUAAAUUAGAAUUGGAACCCGCCCUGGUGGGGACGCCGGACGUGAGCCUGGGCCCCUCUGGCCCGGCAACGUCGGUGGCGCCGGGAUCCCUGCCAGGCGCCCAGGGCCCGCCAGUGCCUGCGAGCAAGAGCUCAAAGUCCUCCAAGAGCAGCAAAAGUGGCGCCAAUGCCACGGCUGCGGCUCAAGGGGGGAAGGGAUCGACGGCCAGCGCGACGGGAGGGAAGUCUGCACAGCAGAAGCGGCAGCGCUCUAACAGCAAGUCAUCUAAGAAGAGCAAAAGCCUACCUGCGUUUGAUAGCGAAGAUGAGGAUCACGCCAAGCCAAUGUCGUACGACGAGAAGCGGCAGCUCAGCCUCGACAUCAACAAGUUGCCAGGUGACAAGUUGGGUCGAGUGGUACACAUCAUCCAGUCGCGGGAGCCCUCCCUGCGAGACUCCAACCCGGAUGAGAUUGAGAUCGAUUUUGAGACGCUGAAGCCAUCCACCCUGCGGGAACUGGAGGCCUACGUGGCUUCGUGCCUUCGCAAGAAGCCCCGCAAGCCCUACUCCUCAAAGAAUAAAGUGGCGGGCAAGUCGAAAGAAGAGCAAGUGCGUGAGAAGAAACAAGAGCUGGAGAAGAGGCUGCAGGAUGUCAGCGGGCAGCUGGGCACGGCCGCCAAAAAGCCCAUCAAGAAAGAGUCUGAAAACUCUCACGUGGACGUGGUGGGCGGCCCGAGCCGGCUGAGUGCCAGCAGCAGCAGCUCGAGCGACAGUGACUCCAGCUCCAGCUCUAGCACGAGCAGCUCCUCUGACAGCUCAGACUCUGAGUCAGAACCUCUUGUGAAGAAGGAGAAGACGGAAGCAAGCCAGGCACCGACGUUAGAACCCCAAGGGAUGCUGGCGCCAUCGUUGCCGGGAGCCAUGCCUGCGCUGACGCCCGUAACGCCGCGACCUCCCCCGGGGGGCGCGAUGCCUCCUCACACGACUUCGGCACUUAGCACGGCAGGCACUUAUGCGGUCAACAGCAACCACAGUGGCGGACUGCCCCCUCCUCCUCCUUCAAACCCCCAGCAGCACCACUUCCCUCCCAUGGCUCCCUUCGCGGGGCUGUCUCCCAGCCUGCCCCUGCUCAACCAGGUACCUCCCAUGCCGGACCCCGCACUCACGGCAGGAGCGUUUGCGGGCCUUGGACACAACCCCCUGCAGAAUGCCGGGCCCAACGGCCGCACGCCCGUGGUGGCCAGCCACAGCCUUCCCCAGCAGCCGUCUCGGCCCUCUGCUACGGCCACGGCUGCGCCAGUCAAAAAGGGGCUGGCCCCCACGUCACACACGAGACCCCCUUCCUCGGGAAUCCCAACCUCCUCUUCAUCACCGCCGCUGGUCCCGUCGGUGCAGUCUCCGCAGGCCGGCAGAGGUCCCAUGCCACCUUCCCCAGUGCUCCCCCACGGGGGACCCCCUUCCCCCUUGUCGAAGCUUCCACCUCACUCCACCUUAUCUCCAGCUGUGGAGACAUCCAAGGCACGGGCCUCAUCCCCACAGUCUAGGGUUAAGGACGGUGGCCUAAAGCUGGACGACCUCUUUUCCGGAAUGCCGCCUCUGAACAGCACCGCUGCAAAUACAAACCUUACCUCAUCCGCGAGUCACAUAGGCGUAACGAGCAUUGCAGCCAUGCUGGGGACGACCACCACCACAAUGGGGGACUUUGAUCGGAAACCAGAUUUGAAGUCCCUCCCCGUGGUGGCCCCACAUUCCGCCUCGGUGACGUCCUCCGCUGCGGGUACCACCACUUCCUCGGCGCCUUCUAGAAAGGCAAGUGCGGACGGCAAAACUGGACAGAGUGGGGAGUCCAAGUUGAAGAACUAUGGAUCGUGGUCCAGUCUGAUGGCCCAAUCAGCUGCUAGCCCUGGUCCUGGUCUCAAAACCUCUAACGUCAUGCACAGCUUCCAGCAGUUCAAGAAGCAAGCGAAGGAAAAAAUGGACAAGCAGCGACAGCUGAUUGAGGCGCAGGAGCAGCGCCGGCACCAGAGGGAACAAGAGAAGGAGAAGGAAAGGCAACGGCAGUCGUUUGAUAAGGGACGCAAGGACGAGGAGGACAUGGUCCACAAGAUAGUGGCCCAGCAACAGCAACCACCGCCACCCCGACUGUCGACCACCGCAGCUCUAGAUGUAGCCCCGCACGUAGACCACCACAACACGCCCAGCUUGACUGCUUCACCAACGCCCUCAGUCAGCGAGAGGGAACGGCAGCGGCUUAGAGAGCAGGAGCGGCGGCGGCGAGAAGCGAUGGCUGGGCAGAUAGACAUGAACCGGCAGAGUGACAUCAUGUCCACCUUCGAAGAAAUGCUGUGAUCAUUGGCUGCAUUACUUUUCCUGGGCCAUCCUACGGUGGAAGCACGCAGCAGCAAAAUGCUGCUGUGCCGGCUGUGUGUGGCUUUUUGGCUGACUUGUGAUAUGCUGGAUAUGCACCCACAACUUUUCACCUCGUACUGUGCACUCCCGGAGCUCAAUGCAACGGUACGGCGCCGGAACAAGUGUGCCCGCCGCUGCCCCUCGUCGGCGGUUGAAUUUGCGUAGUGUGCGCGCCACGGUGGUUCUUAUUCUUGUACAUACACUUUCUCUUCAUCCAUCAAGCCAGAGGGAUUGGGAGACGAUUUUUUUUUUUUUUUUUUUUUUUUGCUGUCCCAGCUACUUGGCGAUCGUGCAUAUUGUGAGAAAAGUUUAUAUAUAGAAGUGUACGUGUACAUGAAGUAUGGAAAAUCACUCUGCCCUCCCCCCCCCCUUGUUAAAAUUGAGGCAUUUGAAAGGGUUUUCUUUUUUUUUUUUUUUUCUUUCACGAGCUUUCUCUAUACAUAUUUAUAUAUAUUUGGGGCCGUGCUGCAGUUGUAGUUUAAAGCAAAGUUUGAGUCUAUAAAGCUGACUGUCUUUAAGUUGUUCUGUCAUCAUAAAGAAGAAAAAAAUGUUGGACUUUCUCAUCCUCUAGGGCUCGAAGAUGUUGGCGAAAUGCCGCCACAUUGGGCACCGACUUCGCCUGUAAAAAAGAAAGAAAGGAGAAAAAGGAAUGGCCUAAGGACGCUCCUGGCAAACCUGGUGUGAAUGAAAAAUCAUAAACACAUCGGCGCUUUUUGCUUUUUGUGGCGAAGCUGCGUUGUGUCUCAUCUUUGCUGUUGGUGAUGUCUGCAAGUGUCUGCCCCUUCCUGAUUGGGCCCGCUCCGUGGGCUUAUUGGCAAACGCCCACGUUCGCAGUCGAGAAGGUGUCUUCUCCCGAAAGGAACCCUCUACUUACGUUGCUGCGCGGGGUUGAUCUUGACACCUAAAUUUAACUUGCACCAAUUUCCACUCAAACCAGGUACACGAAAUACAAAAAACCCCUACGCACCCCUCGGCAUGAAAGGUGCCCUUGCCUCGGCACCAGCACGAAAGGAACGGGAGUCGUCCACUGUGUCGUUCGCGGGGGGGGAAUAACCCGCAAUUUACGCUUUUCCCGUGCUUCGGAGGAAGGCCGACAGUGCGCUCUCAUUGGUCUCCACAAACGAUUUCUCCAAUCAGAGGCCUGUUUGCAUUAUUAGGCUUCUUGAGAAGUAGAGGGAAAGCUCACAGCUCACAAGUCUUGACAGUGGUAUUUACGCGACGGAGUUCGUUUUGUGUCGGUGUCAAUGUGACGGCGUCCUUCACUGUGCGAUGAGGUUUUUUUCUUUUCUUUUUUUCGCUUCAGCGCCCCCUUUAAUGGGUAGACAAAAAUGGUUGUACACGUCCCGAUCUCAUUGCUGUAGUUCUUUUUAUCAUCGCGACAUCCAAAUCGUGCUCUUUUUUUUUUCAUUCAUUCAAGCCUUGGAAGCCUAGCGGAUUGUGUCGGACCGCGGUGUGCGCGCCUCAACCGGUGUCGCGCAGAAUUGUGGGACCCCUUCUUCGUUCAUAGUUGGGAUGCAACCUUGUUUGUGCUGAAGCACCACGCAUGAUUAAGUAUUGUGCAUUGUUACAAUCAAGCUGAACAUAUUUUGAAGUGAUUCACUCUCGUCAUGGAACUUCUGGAGCUGGCAUCCUGAUAAAAGCGACAGGGACAAUGUGUGAGUGUGUGUGUGUGCAUGACCUGGCAUUCUGCUGUGUGGGACCUCCUUUUUUUUUUUUUUUUUUUCAUUGGAUUUGUAUAUGCGUGCCAGCGCAUUGUGUAUACACUGGUGUGUUAGAGAUAUGUGAAUAAGCAAAGCAUUUCGCGCUGUGUAAAUAACUACUGUAUGUGUGUGUUACAAUUGUGUAGUCUCCCUUUUGCCCUAUUUAUUUUUGUUGUAACAACUGCAGUAUACAUACAUAUAGUUACUUUUUUUUUUUUUCCUCGGUUCCUUGUCCCGUACGGGACCUUUGAUGUACAUAUUGUAGACGUGGGGGAGACGAAGACUUUUGCCAAAACAAUUUCUCAGACAAUUGCAGAGCCCUGUCAGUGGACUACCAGGAUGUGUCCAGUGCUCGGGGACUCCGGACGCGUCGUCCUGCAGCAAUUGUGGAAAGUUUUUAAAAUACACAAAAAUGAUGUGGUGAAA